ACAAAUGCCCACUAAAAUUAUCUCACCAGAAAAGGGCGACCUGAAAACACAUAGCCAAUUGAGAAAAAUGGGUUCGUUGAAGAAGAAAAAUUUUAUGUUGAUAUGCCUUAUGUUUCUUCAUAUUCUGGUUCUUUGCAUGGCUCAAGGCCAAGUCCAUCACUAUGAUUUUGUUCUGAAGGAGACCAACUUCACAAAAUUGUGUAGCACAAAGAGCAUGUUGACAGUAAAUGAUAGUUUUCCAGGGCCUGUGAUUACUGUUCGUAGAGGAGAUUUGGUUUAUUUUAAUGUCCAUAACCAAGGAAAAUAUGGUGUUACUAUUCAUUGGCAUGGGGUGAAGCAACCAAGAAACCCCUGGUCAGAUGGUCCAGAGAACGUAACACAGUGCCCAAUUCAACCAGCGACCAAUUUCACUCAGGAGAUCAUAUUAUCUGAUGAAGAAGGAACCCUUUGGUGGCAUGCCCAUAGCGAUUGGUCUCGUGCUACUGUUCAUGGAGCCUUUGUGAUUUUGCCACCCGAUGGCAAAUAUCCAUUUCCCCAGCCUGAUUUUGAACAGAUCAUUGUUCUUGGAACAUGGUACAAAGGAGAUGUUAUGGCCAUAUAUGAUGAUGCUGUUGCCAGUGGUGGUAAUCCAAAUAUAUCAGAUGCUCACACCAUCAAUGGUUUCACAGGAAAUUCAACUGAUUGCCCUACUGAAGAAACAUUUACUAUGAGAGUUUCAUAUGGAAAGACAUAUCUUCUGCGAAUAGUGAAUGCUGUGAUGAAUGAAGAAAGAUUUUUUGGGAUUGCAAAUCACAACCUCACACUUGUUGGAAUGGAUGGAGCAUACACUCAGCCUCUCAUCACAGAUUACUUAAUGAUAACACCAGGUCAAACAAUGGAUGUUUUGUUCACAGCAAACCAGACUCUUAGCCAAUACUACAUGCUUUCAACUGCAUAUUUUGAUGGUUUUGCUGAAUUUGAUAAUACCAGCGCCAAGGGAAUCAUUGAAUAUAUUGGCAAUUAUACUCCUCCAUCAACCAUUCCUUCUCCAACUCUUCCUGAACUACGCAAUGCAACUGCUGCCUUAAACUUCACUGCUUCUUUAAAAAGCUUAGCAACUCCACAGCACCCUAUAAACGUUCCCAAAAAUAUUACUAGGCAUAUUUUCAUAGCUAUCUCUUUAAAUGUCUUGCCUUGCCUCCCAGCUGGAAGAACUUGCAAAGGCCCUCCUGUUAAUAAUACAGAGACCAUCAUAUCUGCCAGCUUGAACAACAUAAGUUUUUCCACGCCAAAAAUUGACAUCCUUGAAGCCUAUUACAGGAAUAUCAACAACGUUUUCACUAAAGAUUUCCCAGAUAGCCCAGAACUAUUCAAUUUUACUGGGGAUGUGACGAACAUUUCACAAUACACAACACAAGGGACGAAGGUCAUAAUGAUAAAUUAUGGUGAAGCAGUUGAAAUUGUGCUCCAAGGGACAGCUAUUCAGUCACCAGAAAAUCAUCCCAUGCAUCUUCAUGGUUAUAGCUUCUACGUGGUUGGAAUUGGUUCCGGGAAUUUUAAUAAUUUCAGCGAUCCCGAAAAUUACAAUCUUGUAAAUCCACCAGAAGUUAACACCAUUGGUGUCCCUAAGAGUGGAUGGGUAGCCAUCAGGUUCUUCGCUAAUAACCCAGGAGUAUGGUUUAUGCACUGUCACUUGGAAAGACAUGCAACCUGGGGAAUGGACACAGUCCUUAUUGUGAAGAAUGGAAGCACUCCAGAGACAAGCAUCAGAAAACCUCCUGCUUACAUGCCUCCAUGUCCUAAAUCCUAGAACAUUUACAAGUCCUCUGAUAAGACCUACAUAAAACUUAUCAUGAUUAAUGGUUAUAAUAAAACUAUUAUACAUAGAAUUGUUAUAUGAAUUAAUUUUCCUCCAAUAAGAUUCAGUAUUCUAGUGUUCUUCCUUAAGGAGUGAUAGUUAAGGAAACACAAUAAGACCAAUAUUCUAGUCGUCUUAAUUAUAAUUAAUCUGUAAUUCAAUUUGCUCUAUAUAUAUGUAUUUGAUUUUUUA